AUGAAAAAACACAGACUCAACAUCCAAAUUCAAGAUGCAAAUGGUUUGCAAGCUCGUGUCACUUUGUGGGGUCAUUAUGCUUACAUAAUGCAAAACUUUAUCAAUAACAAUCCACACAAUCUUCGUAUCAUUAUUAUCCUUCAAUUUGCAAUGCUUACAAUUUGGAGAGAUCGUCCCAGAAUUAACACAUAUAGAAAUGUGACAAAGCUUUUCAUUAACACUGACAUUGAUGAAAUCAAUGUUUUCAUCAAAAGUUUAGAUGGAGAUGAUCCCCCAGAUUCAUCUUCGAAUACACAUACACUUAGUAUAUCCGAUCAAGUUUAUCAACAUGACGAUUUCAUACUUAACUUUCAGUCCAAGAGUAUUGUUGAUGUUCAGGAACACGGAAGAACAAACUGUGAGAAUUUCAUUCAAAUUCAAACUUACUUUGAUUGUGUCACCGGUGUUGAGUGUCAACCUAUUCGUCACUGCCACUCCAUUUCUCGCUCAGAGCUUCAAACACAUCUUUGCUGCAAAAAAAUCCCAGAUAUCUACAAUCGUUGUCGUAUUCAACCUCCUUCAACAAAUAAAUAUGUUACAACACAUUCAUCAACAAUUUCAAAUGACAAUUAUAUUUUCAACAAUAACGUUCAAACACCGCUAUCUAUUUACAAAGAUAAUUCAGUGUUUCGCAUUGGCAAGACAUCCACCAAUCCCUCGACAAUAAUUCAUACUUCUCAUUCAUCAAAUAUAAAUGUUAGAACUCCCUUUUCUAACAUUUCAAAUGGCAAUUAUAUUUUCAAUAAUAACUUUCGAACACCACUAUCUAUUAACAAAGAUAAUUUGGUGUUUGGUAAUGCCACGACAUCCAGCAAUCGUUCGACAAUAAUCCAAAAUUCUUCAUCAAUCAAGUUACCAAGAGGAGAACAUCAUCUAAAAAGGAAGACUUCACAUAUAUCCUCUAUACCUGUUUUUGACUUGACAUUAGAUGAAGAAAUUAAUGAUGAUCAUACUGUUCAAGAUAUUUUCCAUGAAUACUUAGAUCAUGGAGACAAAAUUGUUACAUGUAAGUUUUGUCAUGCAAAAUUAUGGAUACAUGAAUCGCUUAGAGGGCAAAAAAAAGGCAAUACAUCUUAUUCACUAUGUUGUGGUUACGGCAAAGUUGAGCUACCACCCUUAAAAGAAGCACCGUCAUCUUACCAAAAUCUUUACAAAUCGGUAGAUUCAAAAAGCAAACACUUUAUGAAGAACAUUCGACGUUACAAUUCAAUGUUUUCAUUUACAUCGAUGGGUGGAAAAGUUGAUUCAUCCAUCAACAAAGGCAACGCACCAUACAUAUUCAAACUUAGCGGUCAAAACUAUCAUAGUAUGGGAAGUCUUUUACCUACACCUGGAUCAAGACCAAAAUUUUGUCAUGGACCGACAAGCGCUUCUACAUCAACUUCAAUAUCAUCUGAUCUCCAGAUUAUCGAAUUUUUGAAGGUUAUGUUAGAUUCAAACAAUGUGUUGGUCAAGUAUUAUAGGAUGGUAAGAGACAGUCUUCACGAAAAUCCUGGUGCUAAUUUGAAGUUAAGAUUAAUCGGAAAAAGAGAACAAGAUGGAAGGACAUAUAACUUACCAACUUCUUCGGAGGUAGCCGCUUUAAUUGUUGGUGACAUUUCUGAUUCAGUUGAAAAAAGAGACAUUGUUGUUCAAACCUCAUCAGGAUUACUUCAGCGUAUCAGUGAAUUACAUCCUUCUUACCUUGCUCUUAAAUGUGAGUCUUAUGAGAAAUUGCGUAAUCACCAAGCACUCGGGAGUACAGAUAUAUCGAACGUCGGGCAACGUGUGAUCUUACCUUCUUCAUUUACCGGUGGUGCAUGCUAUAUGAUGCAAAACUAUUUGGAUGUCAUGUCGCUUUGUAAAUGGUUUGGAUAUCCUGAUUUCUUCAUAACCUUUACGUGUAAUCCAAAAUGGCCAGAAGUUCAAAUGUUUCUUAAGGACACUCCACUUCAUCCAGAAGAUAGACCGGAUAUAUUAUGUAGGUUAUUUAAGAUCAAUUUGGAUGCAUUUAUUAAAGAUUUAAGGGAAAAUAAAAUUUUCGGCACGGUUCAAGCAGUGGUUUAUACAAUUGAAUUUCAAAAAAGAGGUUUGCCCCAUAGUCAUAUAUGUCUUUUUUUGCAUGCUGAUUGCAAGCUUCCUACAGUUGAAUAUAUCGACCCGUAUAUUUCUGCCGAGAUUCCAAAUAUCAAUGAAGAUCCAGAAUUGUAUUCACUUGUGAGAGAGUUCAUGAUCCAUGGUCCAUGUGGAGCUGAAAAUUUCAAUUGCCCAUGCAUGGUGGACAGAAAAUGUUCUAAAAACUUUCCAAAGCAAUUCUGUAAUCAUACUUCAGUUGAUUCAAACGGUUUUCCCUUAUAUAGGAGAAGAAAUGAUGGAAAUGUUGUUGAACAAUCGGGGAUCCAGUUAGACAACAGAAAUGUUGUUCUAUACAAUAAAUAUCUUUUGAAAAGAUAUCAGGCACACAUUAAUGUUGAAUGGUGCAAUCAAGGAUCUUCGAUAAAGUAUUUAUUUAAAUAUAUAAACAAGGGUCCUGAUAGGGCUACUUUUGCUAUGGUGCAAAACAAUAAUGAUUCUGAUAACAACGAUGCUGUGGAUGAAAUCAAAGAAUAUUAUGAUUGUAGAUAUAUAUCUGCAUGUGAAGCAUCAUGGAGGAUUUUUAAAUAUGAUGUUCAUUAUAGGUAUCCUGCUGUAAUCAGACUACCGUUUCAUCUUCCUGGACAACAACAAGUUAUAUAUGAGGCAGACGAUGAUAUUGAAGAUGUUCUUGACCGGCCUUCAGUUGCUUCUUCAAUGUUUACAUCUUGGAUGAAGUGUAAUGAAAUCAAUGUAGAAGCACGGAAACUUACUUAUGUUGAAUUUCCUACAAAGUUUGUUUGGAAACCUAAACUUCUAAUUUGGAAGCCAAGGGAAGUUGGAUAUUCAAUUGGUAGAAUUCACUCGGUUUCACCUAAACUUGGCGAAGCGUAUUUCUUAAGAAUUCUUUUAAAUAAAGUGAAAGGUCCAAAAUCAUUUGAAGAAAUUCGCACAGUCAAUGGUGAAAUAUGUUCUUCUUUUAAAGACGCAUGCUAUAAUCUAGGCCUUUUGGAUGAUGACAAAGAAUACAUCGAUGCAAUUAAGGAAGCAAGUCUUUCUGGAUCUGGUUAUUAUCUACGGUUUUUAUUUGCUACGAUGUUAUUGUCCAACAAUUUGUCUAAACCAGAGAGUGUGUGGGAAAACACAUGGGAAUAUCUGUCAGAUGGAAUUCUUUAUACUCAACAACAGAGAUUAAAGUCUCCAGAACAAAUUUUACUCCGAAACAACACCAGUCUCAAGAACUAUAGAAGGAUGCCUUACCCUGAUGAUGAUUCAGUUUCAUCUUCAAACAAUCGCCUGAUAACUGAGGAGCUCGAUUAUGACAUACCAAAUUUAAAGAAUGAGUUUGAUCGUCUUUUUGUUUCAUUAACAGACGAGCAACGCAACACUUUCCUUGAUAUCAUGACUACGGUUAAAGAUAAUAAGGGAGGUGUAUUCUUUAUUUAUGGUUAUGGUGGAACGGGUAAGACAUUUCUUUGGAAGACAAUUUCUGCAGCCAUUAGAUCUGAAGGUGAGAUUGUUUUAAAUGUAGCUUCAAGCGGGAUCGCUUCAUUAUUAUUGACUGGAGGCAGGACAGCACACUCUCGGUUUAUAAUACCCAUUAAUCUUAACGAGGAUUCUUACUGUAGAAUAAAUCCAGAUAGUGAUCUUGCCAAUUUAGUAAGAAAAACCUCAUUGAUCAUUUGGGAUGAAGCACCUAUGGUUCAUUAA